AUGUUCAGGCUUGUGCUGCUGUGGUGCUGCCUGCUGCAGAGCAAACAUGAGACCACAGAGGGGCAUCGUGGGACCAACCGCCAUCUCUUCUACGUUGUUCGUAUGGACGGAGGCACCCGGGCUGUCAAAGCUCUGGCUGAGCAGCACGGACUGGAGUUCAUACAACGGGUUGGAAGCCUGGAGGGUCUGUACACCCUGAGAGACAGCAGGGGGCGCCCUGACAGAGCCACCUUUGAGGAUGGACUUGUGACUGCAGUGGGGAGUGAGAUAGAUGGAGCUCUACCGGUCCCCCCGGUCCUCUCCUCUGAGCCCUCUCAGGCCGGACAAGUUGUCAUCUUCCCAGCUCCGAGCUCCGCCGGUCACCAUGGAAGAUCCUCCAUGCUGCCAGCCCGCGGGAGCAUGCGAGGCCGGGGCUCGGGCGGGCCUCGGACUCACAGACUGGACUACUGCAAUGCACUCCUCAUUGGGAUUCCUGGCAAGAACAUACAGAAACUACAGUAUGUCCGGAACAUCGCUGCCAGGGUCCUGAUGAGAAUGCGUUCCCAGAGGACAGAGUCUACAGCUGACGGCCCACCUGAGGAGAGGAGGAGUGACCAGCCCCUCACCUUCAAUGACCCACUCUGGCCUAUGCAGUGGGAACUGUUUUCACAGGGCGAGCGUAACCCCAGUGGGUUGGACCUGAAUGUGAUGCCAGUUUGGAGGAACAACAUUACUGGUCGUGGUGUGGUGGUCAGCAUCAUCGAUGAUGGUGUUGAUUACACAAACAAGGACCUAAAGAAAAACUUUGAGGCUCUCGCCAGUUUUGACCUGCGUGCCUCACAUGGUCUGUCUCAUGAUCCCACGCCUGUCAGAGACGAGAACAGUCAUGGUACACAUUGUGCAGGGGAAGUCGCUAUGGAGGCCAACAACUCUUACUGUGGUGUGGGCAUCGCCUUCAAUGCCAGAAUUGGAGGUAUCCGCCUGCUGGAUGGUAACAUCACUGAUGCCAUGGAGGCCACAGCCCUGACCUACAACAUGCACUUCAUCCACAUCUACGUGUGCAGUUGGGGCCCGCGAGACAACGGGGCAGAAAUGGACGGACCACACACCCUGACAGCCCAAGCCCUACAGCUAGGAGCUCAAAAGAGGGGUGAUGUGGUGGUGCUGAUGAUAGAGGUGGGGGAGUGCACACAACAGAAGCACACUGCUGCCGCUAAUAUUUCGAGGCUGACAUGGAGGGAUGUUCAGCAUCUGAUUGCCAAGACAGCAAUAAUUCCAAACCCUGAAGAGCCCGGCUGGAUCAUCAACGCUGCAGGAUACCAUGUGCACCAUAGGUACGGCUUUGGAUUGUUGGAUGCUGCGUUGAUGGUGCAGCAGGCAGCUCUAUUCCACAGUGUUGCUCCACAGAGGACGUGCACACAGGAGGUCUCAUUUCACUCUGCCAGAUUUGUUCCUCCUGGAGACCAAGUGAGGAUCAUGAUCCAGUCGGAGGGCUGCAGCGGGACGUCUGAUGAGGUCACCACUCUGGAGCAUGUGCAGGUGAGAGUGAGUAUUAACGCAGUGUGUCGCGGUGACCUCUCCAUAAGUCUGGAGUCUCCAGGUGGCACGGUGUCUUUGCUGUUGGACACACGACCCAAUGAUGCCUCCGCUGCGGGCCUGAAGAAUUGGACCCUGAUGACGGUGCACUGCUGGGGGGAGCAGCCUCGAGGCCUGUGGAUCCUCAAGGUGACUGACCACAUGGGCACAGUGAGGAGCUGCGCACGGCCGAGGGAAGAGGCGGCUGCCGGAGCUGUGCUCGGAGCUACGCUCAUCCUCUACGGCACCCACCACCCAAACAAGCCCACCGUCGAGAUGUCCCUGCACAGCCUUGUGUACAUGGGGUCACAUCACCCCAUCCCUCACAGCGGGUUGGACCGUAGGAACGCCUCCCCUCCUCUGGAUCUGCUUCAGUGGGUCUACCAAAUGGAAAGAGACAGGAAGGUGCAGGCUGCUGACAUCACUCUCCCUGCCAAAGCCCAGGUGUGA